AUGUUUGUUGCGGAUAUGCUCAACCUGGGUGAUAACCAAACAUAUGAUAAGGAAAAAGAUUUGAUCUUGGAACUUGCUUCUGCUAUAAUCGACUACAUCCCAAAUUCUUCUGUCGGUCUCUGGACAUACGGCUACGUUAAAGGAGAAGACUGGAAACGACUCUAUCAGGCGUUCGAUGAUAUGCAAAGCAGUUGGGCAAGUUUCGCUGAGCUUAUGUACACCCGCUUGCAGCGUGGUACAAAUCUUCGGCCCAACGGUGGAAAUAAAGAGUAA